CAAUUCCAGCCCGCGACAAGUUUUUGGCCGGAGUUACUGGCCCAGCCGACGCAUCACGCUGAUUACCGACACUGGGACGUGCGUCUAGAGGGGCUCACGCUUAAGAUGGCCGUCUCCCCGCAGGGAUUUCGUCGCGGCCGCGUGGCCAAUCACAUCGUGCGCGUAAACUUUGACAUAGAAGUGGAGAGGAUGGCUGACGUAGUGUUCCCUUUAGCAG